AUGAACGAGCAUAGUCCUGGCUUCUCAGCUGGUGCAUCAGCAGCAGAGAACCCACUGGUCAACUGUACAGUUGCUGUGGCUUUUCCCCCUACAUGGAGGUAUAGCAUCACUGUUCUUACAGUAAUUUCAAAGACGGAUGGUGAUUUCAAAGACAGCUUGCCUGCAUCACUGCCACCACCAGGUCCCACUGCAUCGCCGCCACCAGUCCCUGUCGAGCAGAAGAAACCUGGGCCGAAACCUUGGGCGACACCUGAGCAGUGGACAUUUCUAGAGGGGGGAGUGCCUGAAUAUCAUACCACCCAGUCAGCCAAAGGGAAGAAUGCGGCAAUUGCUAGUUUCAUAAAAGACUUUAUGCCCAGAUUUUGGCUUGAGUUUCCGCUGGAGGGUGCCAGAUCUAAGAAUGGUGAUAUCAAGCAUGUGAGAGAAUGGUUUCAAAACCACAGGUCUGCCAAAAAGGUCAAGAAUGCUGCUCGCAUUGCUGGCAUCUUUGUGAAGCCCAGGACUCACGCGUUAAAGGUGGAAGAGGUGUAUUCAUGCAAUUACUAUGUCGAUCGUGUCAAACUGCUGGUGGAUCAGAGGAAAGUUGAUAUGACCAAAGAGGUGUUUGAGGUGGAGAGCGAGGUGAUUCGGAACCAGGUGUUGGAAUGGACAAAGGAGCAGGUUCCAUUGUCAGUCAUGGAGGAUGGUCCCAUCACUCCAGAAAUUGCGAUUGCUGCAGCUCCUGAUCAAAUAAAGACUUUUAUGAUGGCACUCUCUAAAGCGACAGGGUGCGCAAUGAUGAUGAUAUUUGGAGGACCUGACCCUUGGGAAAACGGCAAGAUCUCAACAUAUGGUUUUCAUGCAGGAGAGGAUGAGCAUGGAAGAACCUUUGGCCAGGUCUUUCCUAAGUUCAAGGAGACAUAUCUAAUGCUGUUUACAAGGUUCCUUCAGCAGCCACAGAUGUCUUCAGUCAAAGAUGCUGUAGAUGUUGAGAUGGAUGUUGGGGAGACCAGGCAGCAAAAGCUAGACGAAGAGAAGAUCAUGGAGAAUGCAGAACCAGAUGACGACAUCGACAAAGAGAGCCAUGAUACUGGUAAUAACAUUGAUGUCAGUGUCCCAGCUGGCAAAGAACUCAGUGCUUCCGAUUCACUGCUUUCACUGUCACCAUCGUCACCUGUACCAUCCACUGAAGUCAAGGCCCAGCCUCCUUCACAAGUUACAAUGCCCAAUUCUCACAUCAAUGGAGACGACUCUCACCAAGCCAGUGAGGAGGAGAAAAUUGAAGAAGAGAACUGUGCUCGCUCUGCGGAACCACUAGACAAAGUUCCCUCAGACAAACAGCCAUCAGAGACGAGGACAUCAGAACCUGCCACUGCUGCUUCUAUUCAGACUGAACUCGAAGAACCCCAGCCAACUGGCACGAAAACUUGUAAGUGCCAAGGCACCUGGGUCAAGGAUGGUCUUACAGUGACACAGGCCAAAAGGGUUCAUUCAGGCCCAGCACCAAAGGAAAUUCUUAUGCUUGCUGAGUGUGCAGAGCUUGAGGGAGGGACAAUAGCUGUACCCAAGGUUCCUAAACGUAGAGCCAGGAAGACAUAG